AUGUGCCACACCUUCUGCUCCACGGGCUGCCAGUCGGCGUGCUGCCCAUCCCCGUGCUGCGUCCCCACUGCCUGCUGCUCACCCUUGGGCUGUGGGAGCUCCUGCUGCCGCCCAGUGUCCCGUGUGACUCUGCUGUGCCGGCCUGUGUGUGGUGUGGCCAGCUCCUGCCAGUUGGCUUGCUAUGUGCCCAGCCCCUGCCAGGUGACCUGCUGUGUGCCCGUGAGCUGCAAGCCCACUGUGUGUGUGCCGGUAAGUUGCAAGCCCACUGUGUGCAUGGCUCCCUCCUACCAGUCCUCCUGCUGCUGCCGGCCCUCCUGCCCCACCCUCAUCUGCAGACCCGUCACCUGUGGCACCCCUUCCUGCUGCUAA